UACGUGCGGGUGUGCUCGUCUCAUCGGGAUCCUGCUAAGGAUCGAUACUCGACGAUUGAUAGCUCGACGAUGACAACGAUAACAGUGCAGGUGUUGGUGCUUCUCACGGUGACUGUAGUCAGUUCCUUACCGCUAGCCAAUGUGCACGUGAAAUUCGUGUCGCCACCUAAUGUAUACGAGCAUAGCGUUACAACAGACGGAGAUCGAACGGUAGCCCAAAAGUCAUUCAUAUCGAUCGGCCGACGAAACGCGGCCAAGCAUUUUAAUGAUCUCGAUUAUAAUUAUAGGACGAGUUUCGACCAAAAUCACUUACAACAGGUGAUACAGAGUUCAGGAAACGCCGAAUCUCUGUGGCCAAUUGGAGUUUUUCUGCCACCAACUGACAUCAAUGAUCUUGGAUAUAGCUGGCAGGAGAUAUCGCAACGCUUCCCCGAUUUUUACAAAUCACAGCAACGAGAUCCAUAUUUAUUGACCGACCAUGAAGCAAUGUUGGCAGUUAAAUACCUCUAUGGAUUGGGUGAACUUUUCUUCGACAAUUAUCCUCAUGUAAGAGCGUUACUGCGAAAUCAGGAAGAGAGGAGACUGAAUGGUUUGGAUGGACACAUUUUGAGUAGUAUAAAUCCUAGGUCUCCGUUUCAUAAGAAAGAAUUUUGUAAAUAUACUACAAUAAAAUGUAACAAGUUAGAAACUAACGUGUAUUUUCGGAGGGGACAGGAAUGAUAUAUUCAAGAUUAUGUUUUAAAUUAAUAAUUAAUAACAUACAGCAUGUCCCACCAGUGCUGCAUCAACGCUUAAUGGCAGAUUUUUGUAUAUUUUUUUCAAAUUGACUCCAAAUUAAUAAAAUUAAUUAA